GGGAUGGAGCUGAGCUCUGGCACCUCCUCAGGGGCUCAGAGAGAGCCAGGGGUGAGUUGGGAAGCUGGGAAAUUCCUGUUCUGCCUCAAGUCCUUUAGAAGUAGCUGCUCUUUCCAUUCAUUUGCCCUUCAUCUUGAUAAUGCUCUCAAAAGCAGCAGAUGUUGCUCUGGGAAUUCCCAAAUCCAGGUGCAAGAGGUGCCUGGGAGUUCCCAAAUCCAGCUGCAGGAGGUGUGCCUGGAUCCCAGUCCAGCUGCAGGAGGUGCUCCUGCAUCCCAGUCCCAGCUGCAGGAGGUGCUCCUGGAUCCCAGUCCCAGUGCAGCUGCAGGAGGUGUACCUGCAUCCCAAUCCCAAUGCAGCUGCAGGAGGUGCUCCUGCAUCCCAAUCCCAGUGCAGCUGCAGGAGGUGUUCCUGCAUCCCAGUCCCAGCUGCAGGAGGUGCUCCUGCAUCCCAGUCCCAGCUGCAGGAGGUGCUCCUGGAUCCCAAUCCCAGUGCAGCUGCAGGAGGUGUUCCUGGAUCCCAGUGCAGCUGCAGGAGGUGCUCCUGCAUCCCAGUGCAGCUGUAGGAGGUGCUCCUGGAUCCCAGUGCAGCUGCAGGAGGUGUACCUGCAUCCCAAUCCCAGUGCAGCUGCAGGAGGUGCUCCUGGAUCCCAAUCCAGCUGCAGGAGGUGCUCCUGCAUCCCAGUCCAGCUGUAGGAGGUGCUCCUGGAUCCCAAUCCAGCUGCAGGAGGUGCUCCUGGAUCCCAGUCCAGCUGUAGGAGGUGUACCUGCAUCCCAAUCCCAGUGCAGCUGCAGGAGGUGUACGUGCAUCCCAAUCCCAGUGCAGCUGCAGGAGGUGCUCCUGGAUCCCAAUCCCAGUGCAGCUGCAGGAGGUGUACCUGCAUCCCAAUCCCAGUGCAGCUGCAGGAGGUGCUCCUGGAUCCCAGUCCAGCUGUAGGAGGUGCUCCUGUCCCUGCUCACUGCUGAGCCUCAAUCCCAACCCCUCUCAUUC